UUGGGUGAAGUGGAACACCGUUCAAAACGUUCGUACGUUGGUUUUAGAUUAUGAUAUAAGAAAACACGUCUUUUUUGUUGGUUUGUACCGUCACGAACUAUGCCGAAAGUAAUUUUGGUACUAAGCGGUAAAAGGAAAUCUGGCAAGGAUUAUGUCGCCGAAGUGUUGCAACGGAUAUUUGGCAUGGAAGUGUGCGUACUUAUAAAACUCUCAGCACCUUUAAAGAAGGAAUACGCCAAUAAACACGACCUUGACCAUCAAAAGCUGCUUUCUUCCAGCAGUUAUAAAGAGAAAUAUAGAAAAGAUAUGAUCGUUUGGGGCGAGUUAAAGCGAAAUGAAGAUCCUUCAUACUUCUGGAAGGCUGCAACGAGAGCAUGCCACAAAUUUCCCGUUUGGGUAAUCACUGAUGCACGGAGACCUUCUGAUUUAAAAGUAGUGCAUGAUUCGUACGGAGAAAACGGCCUAACCGUGACAAAACUCGUACGAAUUGAAGCUACCGAACAUACACGGAGCACACGUGGUUGGAAAUUUGUAUGUGGAGUGGACGAUGCACAGUCAGAGUGUGCAUUGGAUUCUGGGUUUCACUGGGAUUUUAUCAUACACAAUAAUGGUUCUAAAGAAAAUUUACUAGAAAACAUGCAACCAUUGAUAACACAAGUGUCAAAUUUACUAAACCCAGAUUAAAGCUUUACUAAUAUUUAGGCUAAAUAUACAGUAUUGGUUUUAGACAGUUAUAAAUUGAACCCAUUGCAUCAUUCAUUAUUUUUUUAUUCCCUUUCUAACUAUCACAAUCAUUAUAAUGAUCUUUAUCAGUUCGAAAAUUCUAGUUACAUACAGCACAUAUAGACCAUCUUUGUUGUAGGUAAAGAUCACAUUUUACACUACUGUCAUGAAUCUUAAAUACAUUGUAUUGUAUAAAUAUUGACAUCGUCAAAUGACUAAAACAUUAACGGAAUGCUUUGAA